AUGCCACCUAAUGACGAAUAUUCUCUUAAUGAAAUGGAUUUUUCUUAUAACAAUAGGUUCUCUGGUGAUGACUAUGACUUUCCCGGCGAUGACUUUCCUGACGAUGACUUUCUUGACGAUGACUUUCUUGACAAUGAUUUUCCCUGCAACGAUGAUUUUUCUGAUGACGAUAAUUUUUCUGGUUUUCCUGACAACUAUAACAGAUCAAUUAUUAAACAAUAG